CGGCCGUCGGCCUGUUCGCGGUCCUGGGCAGUGGGCGCUCCCCGGAGUCGGACCUGGUGUGCUCUUUGCGUGCACGGACCACACGUUAAGUUGCCCUUGGUUCGAGUCCCGCGCUACGUGCUGCGCGGCCGUGCACAGGCGCGGGGAUCCGAGCGCCGGAACCUUAGCUGUCGCCUCUCCGGCGCUGCGCACCUGUGCCGCCGAGCAUUUUAAGGGAAAGCCGGGCUUGCCGCCAGCUGGCAACCAUGAAUGAAUGGAUGAAGAAAAGCCCUGUAGAAUGGCAAGAUUACAUUUACAAACAAGUCAAGGUGACAGCCAGUGAGAAGAAGGAGUAUAAAGGGUGGGUUUUAACCACAGAUCCAGUCUCUGCCAGCAUUGUCCUUGUGAAUUUCCUGGAAGACAGCAGCCUCUCUGUGACCGGGGUUAUGGGACAUGCUAUCCAGACUGUUGAAACUUUGAGUGAUGGCGACCACAGCGUGAGAGAGAAGCUGAUGCAUUUGUUCACGUCUGGAGACUGUCAAGUGCACAGCUCUGAGGAUCUGGCAAAGAGAAAAAGCAGCUUAAAGAGGUGGCUGGAGAAGAACCACAUCCCCGUGACUGAACAGGGAGAAUCGCAGACCAUCUGUGUGGCUCAGGUCCUGACUAUAGAGCCCCCGUACGGCCCAGAAAACUGCAUCAGUUCUAAUGAGAUCAUCCUGUCCCGGGUUCAGGACCUUAUUCAAGGACAUCUUGCAGCUUCCCAAUAAGAAACAAAAAAAUGGCAAAUGAGAUUGUUGAAAUAAGACUCCUGGUUUUUUCCCUUCGUGAAAUGUUUUGUAUUUCACAGAGAACAUUAAAAGUACGUGUGUGUCUUAA